UUGUGGUCAGGUCUCACUAUGGCUUUCUUUAGAAUUGUGUUGGCGUUCCUGAUGUUUGUCUGUGGAGUCCAUGCCAACUGGGAUGAAAAAAGCGAUCCAUCUCGCGCUGAAAUGGGCUUUGUUGCGGUAAACACCACGUGUAACGAUGCUGGGACCUCAUGUGCAAAAUGCAUAGAAUUUCCAGUUUUGGGGAAAAGUUAUCUUGUUGUGAUGGAGUAUACCAGGCAUCCCUUCAACUUUCAUUGCAAGAAUGAAGAGGCAGACGCAGACGGGAAUGUGUAUUUCAACCAGAAUGAUCUCAGUGAGCCAUUUCGUGUUUGCGCUGGAGUCCGUACCCCGCAUUACAUGUUUCUUGGGACAGAGUUGCGAACAAAUUACUGUUUCGACAAUGACUUCAGCAAAAUUGACGUGCCGUCUGACUGCGUCGAGCCAAUUCUUAUUAUGACAAUUGCCAGCUUCAUUGGUGGGCAUGACAAGGCUUUGGGUGAGCAAGUGCUGUACUGCCAGCCAACCUAGUACAACUCGUUGCUUGUAUCUCGAAGUCAAGUGGUCGAUUUUGAAGAUUUGUUUAAGUCUCAAUUUAUUUUCCUACACACAGUUUUCCUGCAAACGUUGUUCACUUCUUCAGUGUAUGAGAACUCUUUUACACCUCUAUUUGGUCGAACGCAAUGAACCAGAACUUUGUUAAACACUUCAAAUUAUCCAAGCUUUCCUAGACAACUGCCGGCACUGAUGCUGAAAUGCCAUCCAGAGAAGGCAUAGUUUAUUGCUAGAGUUUUUCUGCUGAAAUUGUGAACCUAGUAUUCACUUGCUGAAACAUUGCUGAGAAAGGGGCUAGUUCUGACAUAUAGCUACGCACAUAAAAAAAACUCUGAAUAAGCAAAGAAGAGAAAAUUCUGUCAUACGAGACUCGAUCAAGGCGUUGAGCGAUGAUUUUGACAACCCCGGCCGUAAGGCCUUCUGUACGUGUGUGGCUGAAACACUGUACGGUUUGGUUGCACAAUUCCCCUUCGCUGCAGCAGGUUUCCUUUUAGCACGUGCAUAUGAAUAUGGAAAUUGUCAUUAGCACAAAGCAAAACGACAGUAAAAUGGCCUUUGAAACAAAUUUUCAAACAAGGUGAACUGAGACACUGCAUUUUGAAGAGUUUUUUAUUAAAACAAAUUGAAUACAGCUACCCUGUAAGGACUCAUUUGAUUAGGAGGUGUUACUUUUUGCUAUGAUUUGGGUUGCACCUGAACACCUUUACAGAUUAAUUUGUGAUGCAGUUUAUUGUUGUCACUUUCUCUAAAUUGGUUGUAUUUGGUACUUCUCAUUGGUUGCAAAGGGUUGCAAUGUAGUACUCCUUUGAAAGUUACAUGCUAAAGAAAAGUUAUUGUGCAUAAUACCAAGAAUAUGGUUUAAAAUACGUUUUGUAAAUUGAAAGUCGGCACCAAAACCAGAGUAUGUAAAAACCAGAAGGUGUUCAAUUACCGUGCUUAUCAACUCCAUGCAGUCAUUGUUUGUCCUUUUAUCCCAUUUGUAAAAAAAAGGAAAAUAUAAACUUUCUGUUAAAAUAUACUGAAUGAAAUAAUAAGCACACAACCAUCAAAUAAACACCAGUCAUUCUGAUGUCAACAUUUCGUAUGCAGUAUUUAAUGUUCACCCUAAACAUGUUUGCAAAAUCACAGCAUCAUUAUAACACCAACAAGAUAGGAAAUACGCAGCUGCUACGUCGGGAAUGUUUAUACCCCUCGUACGGCUCUCUGGUUUUCGUAUGGCGGCAUGUAAUUUAUGCUUCAGCUUCUAAAAUGGUAUUAUACUGGUAACUGUUGGUGGUGCACUUAUUAUAAUAACCCUUUAGCUCAGACACACGUGGCUGCAGCCGCCCUCGUAUAUUUACUCUAAUAAUGCACUGACAUUAGUUAAUAAGCUAGUUCGUAAUUACCGCAUGUACGUUGCACUGGAAAGUAGGGCAAAGUUCAUUUGUACAUGAAACCAAUCGCUUCACCGUGCGUCCAGAGUAGGUGCCCUUUUGUGACAUUCGUUUGUUAAGUGCGCAAUUGAGCUAGUGCUUCGAUUUUGUUCAAUUCUGUUCAAGUGUUGGUUAUUUUUUGUUACCAUGGGUGAAUGGUGAACAAGAUCUCUCAGUGGAUGAAAUUUGUCUGUGGACUGUGGUCCGAUUGAAAGCGUUUUGAGAAAUAACAACAUAUCCCAUGCUGUACUUGGAUUAAUCAACACUUAAUCAACCUUAAUUUGUAUGAAAUUACCUGAUAGUUUAAACUCGUACGUAUUUUCAGUUUCACUGUAUCUUAAAGACACUGCUUUCGGUAAAGAUUUCCUGGAAUGAGUUCACAUACGAAUGUCACUUGACACCCAGUACACAAACCCUAUGAGGCUGGUCAGCAAAAUUUUGUUGUCUAAGAAAGUGCUUCAAUUUUUUUCACUGCUAAAUCGUAAUAGAAAAGUUAAAUUGUUUUGGGACAAAGUGUUAUUUGUUAAAUGACUGUACGAGAUUGAAGGUUACCAUAAGUGUUCAUUCUGUUCUUGAUUCUUCCCUAAGUCCAUCAUCUUCCGUAUUUCAACAAUUACAGAAUGUACAGCAAUCCAUUCGCGACACACUCAAAAUCAAUUUACUUUAUGUACAAAUGACCUUUGAAAAAGUUCAUUCACGCAUGUGCAUUUCGUAAUAAUUACGAACUGGCUUAUUGUUACCGCUUUUUCCUUAUACUAGAUUCUAAUUUCAACAAAUUAAUGUUUUAACGCUGUUGUAUUCACAGUGAUACAUUUUCUUCUAGCUCCUAUACAACAGAUCUUGGGAUGUAUAUUGAUUUUUGCUCGGUUUGCCUAAAAUUGCCCAUAGCUAAGUAACGUGCUGUAAGCUCCCAAGGUUGCAGGUAUCAAAAAGCUAUACGGGUGCAAUAUGCUAGCACUAAAACAUGACAUGCACAAACUCUGUUUGAAUGUCUUGAGUUUUCCAUUUAGAGUGUAAAUGUUGGUUUUGGGGUUAUUAGGAUUUACAAGCUUCUUGGAUUGAUGCGGAGAAUUGUUGGCAAUUCCAAAUAAAGUAUAAAGUUACUGCAACGAUAUUGUGAGAAGUUUCCUGCUUGUAGUGUCGCCCCUUGUUUCAAACUAUCCACUCUGGCUGAUAACACUAGAAGGCGUGCUUUUAAUUAAUAUGGCAAAGGCCUGAACUGUGCAUGUAUAUUGAUUAUAAACGCAAGCUUCAGGAAACAAAAUGGUUGUUCACUCUGUGAAUCGUAGAGCGUGUGACAAUAGUAUACCAACUGUCCGAUAGCACUGCUGCACACCUGCAAGUUUGUCUCCUUUAAUGGUAAAACUUAAUGUCACAACUCUCU